AUGUGCGGAAACGUACAAGUACACCUGUUUCACAUACCUAGAAUUGGCGAUUUGCUUUUAUUCAGAUAUAUUCCUCAAAACCAGCAGAAAGAAUUUGGCUACUCAUUCACACCAAAAACUAUUUUCAUACUGUCUAACGGUUCAGCUACAUGUAGAAUAGGCUGCUCCACUAAUCAAGUUCGGGGUAACAUUAAGAUCUGA